UCCCAACCUUGGCGUCUCAGUACUUGGUUGCCCCUUAUAAAUAUUCUCUAAAGAUAACAGACACACCACAUGAAACUAAAGGUGGCCGUUUUAUUCAUCUUGAAAGUGGCGCAAACGGUUUAACGUUACGUCUGUCAGUUUGUGUUAAGUUUAUGUUUGAUUCGCCAUUAGUCGGAUUUUAUCAGAGCGAGGCUUUCCCUCUUUGUUCGCUCCAACAUGGAUGUCGGAGUGACCCCGAAACGGCACAAUCCAGUGGACAGCAUCUGCCGCAAGCUGCAGACCAUCCAGCGGCGAGAUCAAGAGGUUAACUCGCCCUUUCAGAUCACAAAAUUCCAGUCCAGCAGCUACGACAGCCCUCACUCGGGUCUGCGCGUCAACCUGGAGGCCAUCCUGAAGAAGCGUGCCGUCCGAACUGACGGAGACUCUGACCACAAUUCCUCUGCGAGCAUGUUGACCCCCACAGCUUCCCCGGGACCGGGGUCUGUCCCCAACACCCCUCGUGCUCCCAUCACACCUGGCAAUGCCACUUAUACUAUUACCAGCAUGCUGGGCACGUUAGGGGAGAGGAGAAAUGCAACAACGUACAGUCGGCCGUUUCGGCAUAACUGCUCCACCCCAGCAGCCCAGACUGGGGACAAUUACUUUAACUUUACCCCACGCUACUCCACACAAAACCUGCUGGAGCGGCCCGACACAGAGGUGAAGACCCCAAAGAUCCCAGCUCCUGGCUUGUUUUCGUAUAACCUGAACUUCUCCUCAGAUAUUUCUAACAUGGACCGUGAACUUACCUACCCGGCCCUCGUGGUUAAGAGACUUUCACUGGGCGAGGGAUCUCUGUUUCCCUCCGAGCCCAAGAAGGAGAGCAUGGCUGAGGUCAGUCUGAUUUGUGAGGAAGACCUGUUGGACACUAUUUUUCAGGCCUGUGACACACAGUGCAGAGGUAAAGUUUAUGUAUCGCACAUUGUGGACUUCUUGAGACACACCACUUGCCGCAGUUCAGAGGACAGCGGCCUAGAGGAACUCUGCAAUAUGCUGGACCCAGAGCACAAGGACAUCUCCAUAGACCUGGACACAUACCAUGCCAUCAUGAAGGAGUGGAUCGAUGAUUGCCGCAACCAGGGGAAGGACUCAGAGAAUGACACCCAACAGGAAUCAUUCAAACUAUUGGACAGUUUAUCAGCAAGAAGAUCCGCUCUACUAAAUAUGACCUCAGGUAGUCUUGAAGCAUUCGGAGGGGAAGCCUCCAGAGCUGACCUGGAGACGUCAGAUCUGGUCUUCUGUGUGGCAGAUCUGCAGCUAAAUAACCAAAAGCUGCAGGAGGAAGUACGUAAACUGAAGCAGGCGGUGGAAAACAUGGAAGACACCAACCAGAAACUCAUUGAGGAAAAUGAAGAGCUCAAGGCACAAGCUAAAAUGGGGCAGCAGUUAUUCCAGAAGGAGAAGAUGCUUAAAGAGGAAGUUGAGGAGAUGAAGCUGAGCCUGACCUCUUCAGAAGAGAGUCGAGCUCAGGCCUCAGCUCAAAGAAAGCAGAUGGAACGGGAAAACCAGAGUCUUAUAUCCAAAAUUGCUGCUCUACAAGAGGAGAACAUGAAAGUCACAAUGGAGGCAGAAGAGCUUCAGAAAAAAAUCAGUGACCUCUGUGACCUUAAUGCUGACCUUCAGGUCCAAGUUCAUUCAUUUGAUGCCAUUCUGGCUGACAAGGAGUCGAUAAUUCAGGAGAAAAAUAAACAGAUAGAUGAACUGAAGGUGGCCAUUGUGGAGUAUUCCUCAGUUACAGAGCUGUUGAGAGCAGACAAGAACAAACUGGAGAGUCAAAUGCAGAUGAUGCAGCCUGAUAUGACAAUCCCAGGUCUCUCUCUUUCUGUGGCCUACAGACUAAAUCAGAUGAGUUCAGGCUCUCUUCAGACAGAGUUGGCACUGGCACAGAAUCCCCUGGAGGGUUUGGAGCAUCUGUCCUCCUCUGUUUGUUUUGCGUCUUCUCUGGAUGAGACUCUAGAUCGUGAGGUUCUUCUGCUCCUCCAAGGCCCGACUCCAGAGCAGCUGUCUCUGGAGUAUAAAACUCUGAUCAGCAGACUGAAAAGGGAGUUUAAGGAAGACGGCAUGACCUGUCUCACUGCAUUCAGAGGCCUUACAGAGCACAUUGAAACUCAGGAGGUCAGCACUGAACUCAAGAUACAGGGCCUUGAGGUGCAGCUCGAGCAGAGGAGGAGUGACUGGACCCGCAGUCUGGAGCAGUUGGACCAGUACACAGACUCUCUGGAGAGGGAGCUUCUAAAGAUGGCUAGCAACAUGCGACGUUCUCGUACUGAGAUCUUGCACCUGUCUGUCAAGGUACAAGAGCAGGAGAAUCAGAAGCAGCAGUUGCAAGAGGAACUUGACCAACUAAAGGCUCCGCUGGACAACAGAGAGGCCAGCAGCCAAACACCGGAUCACCUACAGCAGGUUGUAGAAGAGCUGGAUGGCCCCUCUCUUGAAUGGGAUGAGGAAUAUGUGUUGUCUGAGUCUCCACCUUUACAAGAGCUUGGGCCUGGCCAGGAGAUGCUUCAGGAGCUCUGUUGUGAUGAAAAGGGACUACAGGCCCUGAAACGGGAGGAGGAGGUGGAACACACAGAGACUGUGAAGUACAAGGAGAAGAUCACAGAAAGGGCUGAGGGAGAAGGUGAAGCAACACAGGAUUCUGGAGUAGGGACCGGGGAGCUACAGAGAGACUCCACCCCCUCUCCGAUGCCUCUACCAGACAACAACACUGACGGAGAAUCACAAGAAACUCCGUUUGUGGGUGAGAGAGGAAUGCAGAGGCCUUUCACAUCUCUAAAGGAGGAAGACAGACUCCCAGAGUGCACUGGGCCUGAGGACGCCCACGAGCAGGCUGCUCCUCUGCCUCACACCCACAGUCAGUGUGCUGAUGCUACAUCUGUGAGCUCUGAGAUGCCCCAUGAACAAGUGACCUCAGUCAAAGACCUUAUUUCAUCUACUGAACCUUCCUCCUUUGUGACCUCCGAGAUGUUAUCUCCCUCAUCAGUCCAGCCUGAAGUUGGUGAUUCUCAUACAGGAAGGACCCAGCAGCCUACUGCCACAAACAGAGGAUCUGAGGGAGAGUGUGCAGCCACAAUAGCCGACAUGAGUGACUUGCAGAGACUGAGUGAGGGACAGCUUUCUAAAGUGUCAAAAUCAGACAAGAGUCUCUUGCUGCCAGUAGCAGAGGAAGAGGAGGCCAUGCUAGAGGCGGCGGAGUCGAUGUCAUCUGGGGUGAACUCACCAGACAAAGACAAGUCAGACAGCUCAGCCGCCUCAGCUGACUCAUUAAAGGAUCCUUCUGAAAAAGCGAAGGACAUGACCUUUGACCCCACAGUCAGUGAGGGUAAUCAUCCAUCAAUCCCUGCUGUGCAAGGCUCCAAAAAAGACCCUCUGACUCUGAGGAACAAGCUCAAGAAGGAAAUGAGCAGUAUGGAAGCCAUUGAGGAGCAAAAAGCUCAGGAGGAUGGUGAGCCUUCAGUGGCGACAGAAAAAGAAGGUGACGCAUCCGUUAUCUCUGAAAAUGCCAGCGAUUCCACCAAAGAUGACAAGAACAGCCUGUCGCCAAGUGACAAAGAAAUAGAGGCGGAGUUCCACCGACUCUCUCUAGGCUUCAAAUGUGACAUGUUCACCCUGGAGAAGAGGCUACGCCUGGAGGAACGCUCACGAGACCUGGCUGAGGAGAACGUCCGGAAGGAAGUGAACAGUUGUAAAGGUCUGCUGCAGGCCCUGAUUCCACGGUGUGAGGAAGAUAACCAGUCCAUGGAGAUCAUCCAUCGUCUGCAGAAGAACCUGGAAGUCCUCAUCCAAUCCAUGACCAGAGUGUCCAGCCGUUCAGAGAUGCUCGGGGCCAUUCAUCAGGAGACCAGAGUGGGUAAAACGGUGGAGGUGAUGAUUCAACAUGUGGAGAACUUGAAGAGGAUGUACACCAAGGAGCACACAGAGCUGCUGGAGCUCAGGGAGAACCUCACACCGAAUGAGAGGUCCUUUGGAUCCCACACUGAGCGGGAUGAUAUCAGAAACAAGAAGCAGUCAACCGCAAACAUUUUUAAAACCACUAGCCGACGCAUCAGUAUAGUUAUUCCCCGCAGCAGUGGAGGACAGACCCAUUUUGACAUGCCCAAAGACAUGGCAGAAACUGAGGUAGAGAGACUCUCCCGCCGAUCACCAUGGAACAUGGCAGCCAAGAGGCCACCACUAAAGCGCUUCAUUAGCUCUGGUACUUGGGCCGACAUAGAUGAGCCCACUCUGAUGAAUAGGUAUGGAUAUGACACAGACUCUCACUCAGAGGAGGAGCGGAAAGAAGAACCAGAGGAAAGAAGGAGUAGCAUAACAGAACUAGGCAUCAAAAUCACCUCCUUCAUAAUGCCAAAUAAGACUCCCAGCCCCAGCCCAACAGAUCAAGCUCCUCCCAGUCUGAUGGAGGGGAGGCCUGCAGUGUCCAGAGGCACCAGGGGAAUCUGGAUUUGGGUGGCCUUGCUUGUUGUUCUAGCUGUUCUACUGGCUCUGUUGGCGAGCCUGAUGAUGCAGCCUGCAGUAGAUGCAGCACCUGUGGGCACUGGGGACUCCUGGAUGACCAUCCAGCAGCUUCUGUGGCCCUAUACUGGGCUGAGGCACAACGGCCAGCCCCCUGUGUGACACCAGGGGGAUCGGCAAGGCUGCAGUGGCCGGUCCUGACAUUCAGCAAAAACUCUGGCUACAAGAGCUGUGAUGCAACACUACCACCUGUCUUUCUAACAGAACACUUUGUGACCAUUUCUUACCGAAGGUAAAAAGAAAAGUGGGUGUCUCGAGAGAGAUAUGCUGAAAAAUGCAGACUGCUUGGAUGCUGUGUACACAACUCGUAGUGUUGGCAGUGUAUGUAAUAAGCACUUUUAUGAGACCAUCGGUGCCAGCCAGUCACAAGGUGGAUAUUUGGAUAGGAGUGAGAUGAGCAGACUGCAACAAUGUGAACUUCAGACAUCAUAUAUCGGUUGCCCGAAAAGGCUGCCUUUUUAAACAUUUUGAAAUUGAUCAGUGUAUUUUUUAUGGGCAGUUUGAAAGAGUAUUGAGAUGAGACAUUUUUAAAAAUUAUAUUUUUUCUUUUUGUUAACUUAUUAUUUUACAGUUUUAUGCAGUAGAGUUUUUUCAAUAUUAUUAAUUGUUACAAACACAUGGUUUUUAAUUCUCAUAAAGCUGUUGGUUUGGUGUUUAUUGUAAAAAGUUCAUAUACUUUUGUAUGUUCCAAAGAGGGGUGAGAGAAACUUUGCACAAUAAAAGAAACUGAUCCAA